ACGACACAACUGUGCACUACCGCGCAUGCGCUGUCAUCGAUGACGUAGGCACCAAGCGGAAGGCGGUUUGUUUUGCUGAAUGAAAGCUCUCCCGCCCCGUGUCGGUGUGUGGGGAUUUUUAGGGUGACUACAAUGAUUCACGAGCUCUUGUUGGCGCUGAGCGGGUACCCGGGCACCAUCUUUACCUGGAACAAGAGGACGGGUCUGCAGGUGUCGCAGGAGCUGCCCUUUCUCCACCCCAGCGAGGCCAGCGUCCUGAACCGGAUCUGCAAACUGGGCUCCGAUUAUAUCCGCUUCACAGAGUUCAUAGAGCAGCACACGGGCCAUGUCCACCAGCAGGAGCAUCACACAAACCAGCCCAACCAAGUGGGUCUGCAUGGGAUCUACCUGCGGGCCUUCUGCACCGGCCUGGACUCCAUGCUGCAGCCCUACAGGCAGGCGCUGCUGGAGCUGGAGCAGGAGUUCCUGGGAGAUCCACAUCUGACCAUCUCACAUGUCAACUACAAGCUGGAUCAGUUUCAGCUGCUGUUCCCCUCUGUCAUGCUGGUGGUGGAGACCAUCCGGUCACAGAAGAUCCACGGCUGUCAGAUCCUGGAGACGGUCUACAAGCACAGCUGUGGGGGCCUUCCUCCGGUGCGCACCGCCCUGGAGAAGAUCCUGGCCGUGUGCCACGGUGUCAUGUACAAGCAGCUGGCGGCCUGGAUGCUGCACGGACUGCUGCUGGACCAGAGUGAGGAGUUCUUCGUGAAGCAGGGUCCCAGUGCAGGAGGACCUGCUUCCAGCCAGGAGGAGGAGGAAGAGGACCUGGGCCUGGGGGGCUUGAGCGGGAAGCAGUUGAGAGAGCUGCAGGACCUGAGGCUGGUGGAGGAGGAGAACAUGCUGGCUCCGUCUCUGCAGCAGUUUUCUCUGCGAACAGAGAUGCUGCCCUCCUACAUUCCCAUCCGAGUGGCCGAGAAGAUCCUCUUUGUGGGAGAGUCCGUUCAGAUGUUUGAGAACCACACCCAUGGCCCGUCCAGAGCGGGCUCCAUCUCCAUCCUGAAGCAUCAGGAGGACACGUUCGCCGCAGAGCUGCACAGACUCAAACAGCAGCCACUCUUCAGCCUGGUGGACUUUGAAGACCUGAUCGAUCGCAUCAGAAGUACAGUGGCUGAGCACCUGUGGACGCUGAUGGUGGAGGAGGCCGAUCUGCUGGAGCAGCUGAAGAUCAUCAAGGAUUUCUACCUGUUGGGUCGGGGAGAGCUCUACCAGGUCUUCAUCGAUCUGGCGCAGCACAUGCUGAAGACUCCUCCAACAGCUGUCACCGAGCACGACGUCAACGUUGCUUUCCAGCAGGCCGCCCAUAAAGUGCUGUUGGACGAUGACAAUCUGCUGCCUCUGCUGCACCUGACUGUGGACUGCCAGGGCAAAGACAGCAAAGCUUUUUCAGAGACGGCCGGCCCUAGAGAUGGAGCCACUCCCCCUCAGGACACCUCCCCCCGUGAGGCCCCUCCCACAGGCUGGGCCGCGCUCGGCCUCACCUACAAGGUCCAGUGGCCGCUGCACAUCCUCUUCACCCCUGCUGUUCUAGAGAAGUACAAUGUGGUGUUCAGGUACCUGCUGAGCGUGCGGCGCGUGCAGUCGCAGCUGCAGCACUGCUGGGCUCUGCAGAUGCAGAGGAAACACCUGACUUCCAGCCAGACGGACGCCGUUAAGUGGCGACUCCGCAACCACAUGGCCUUCCUGAUAGACAACCUGCAGUACUACCUGCAGGUGGACGUCCUGGAGUCUCAGUUCUCUCAGCUGCUGCAGCAGAUCAACUCCACCAGAGACUUUGAGAGCAUCCAUCUGGCCCACGACCACUUCCUCAGCAACCUGCUGGCCCAGUCCUUCAUCCUGCUGAAACCGGUUUUCCACUGCCUCAGCGAGAUCCUGGACCUGUGUCAGAGCUUCUGUGCUCUGGUCAGUCCCAGCGUGGCGCCACUGGACGAGCGAGGGGCCGCCCAGCUGGACCUGCUGGUCAAGGGCUUCAAGCGCCAGUCGUUCCUGCUCUUCAAGAUCCUUUCCAGUGUGAAGAACCAUCAGAUCAACUCCGACCUGGCCCGGCUGCUGCUGCGGCUCGACUACAACAAGUACUACACCCAGGCAGGGGGCACUCUGGGCAGCGUCUGAGAUGUCUGUGGAAGCUGAAGCUGUGACUCCUCCUCCACGCUCAGAGAUAAUCUUCCAAGAACUUCUUUACUUUAAAACUUUUCACCAUGAAAUCUCUGAGGCUGAACUUCAGAAAGAAAGUCUUCAUUUCCUAAAACUCUGCUGGUGAGCGGAGAUAAAGACUCACAUUCUAGGUCAGUUUCCUGUGUGUGUUUGCUGAAGGUCAACGAGGAGCAGCACUUCUCCUGGCCUCCAGCAGGAGGCAGAAGAGGGUGCUGUAAAUGUGAACGUGUUUGUAAAAAUAAAAAAAACGCUUGGUAAAAUGAAA